CCUCACAGGGAAAAUGCGCCCUAACAAAAAAUGCCAAUUGUGAAAGUAGUUUUGGUUCUGGAUGGACAGCGAACGGCAGCUGUUGUAGAAUGAAACCGUGUUGUGUGUUUCAGUGUCAAGAUAUUCCACCCGACAGUCUAACUAAUGGCACUGUCACUGUAACGGAAAGAAAUAUUGGAUCAACGACAAAUUUUGCCUGUGACGCAGGACACUCACUAGUUGGAAAAGCAUCUAUUACAUGUACAGCAUCAGGCUGGGAUGGAUAUAUUCCACAAUGUACAAAAAUAAUAUGUCCUGAGACGGUGGCAUUCUUUCGUGGUUCAAAGUACAUAUUCAAAUGUGACAUAUCAACUUGGUUUGAUUCUGAGGCUUACUGCAAUACCAAUGGUGGACAAUUGACUAGUAUUGAAACCGGUGACGAAAACUCUUUUUUAUUAGACGUAAUGGCAUUGAUGAAGACAAAAGAGCUAAUUGCGAAUGUAUAUUUCUGGAUUGGCCUUACAGACAAUAACGAUGACAUGUCAUAUAAAUGGUUGUCUGGUGAACCACUUAACUACAGUAACUGGUAUCAAGGAGCGCCACUGCAACCAGAUAAUUCAAAUAUUCAUGAUAUUCUUGUAGUUCAGUGUGAAGAUAUUCCAUCAAACAAUCUAACAAAUGGUGCUGUCACUGUAGCGGAAAGAAUUAUUGGCUCAACGGCAAAUUUUACAUGUGACGCAGGACAUUCAAUUGUUGGAAACGACACUAUAUUAUGUACAUCCUUAGGAUGGAAUGGGAAAAUUCCACAAUGUCGCUUUCAGUGUGAAGAUAUUCUAUCAAACAAUCUAACAAAUGGUGCUGUCACUGUAGCGGAAAGAAAUGUUGGAUCAACGGCAAAUUUUACCUGUGACGCAGGAAUUUUCCUGGUUGGAAGAAAAUCUAUAACGUGCACAACAUCAGGCUGGAAUGGGGAUAUUCCACAAUGUAUAAAAAUAGUUUGUCCUGAGACGGUAGCCUUCUUUCGAGGUUCAAAGUACAUAUUCAAAUGUAAACCAGCAAAUUGGUUUGAUUCUGAGGCUUACUGCAAUGCCAGUGGUGGACAAUUGACCAGUAUUGAAACCAGUGACGAAAACACCUUUAUAGUAGAUGUAAUUGCGUUGAUAAUGAAUAUACAGAAAUUAAGUGGAUUUUUCUGGAUUGGCCUUACAGACAAUAACGAUGAAAUGUCAUAUAAAUGGUUGUCUGGUGAACCACUUCACUACAACAACUGGUACCAAGGACAACCACAGCAACCAGAUCAUUUAAAUUAUCUGGGUGAAACAGGUGCACACUGUGGUUUGAUACAUAGCUUCUUUUCUUUAAACUGGGGUGACGAACGAUGUAGUCAACACGUAUAUUCCGUUUGUGAAAUUCGAUUGCCAUAAUAUAUGUCAGUUUGAGAGAACCAUAUGCAUUAUCUGAGGACGACAUGCUAUUUGCCAAUUUGGGAGUUAAAUAUGAAUUAUCUGAGGAC